GGAAACCCCGUACUGACUCAGAGGGGACCCAAGAUGGCGGAGCACUCACGGAGGGACAGUUAGCACUUAUCUAACGACACUCCGGCGAUGAAUGGCACAUAGCAUGAUUAUGUAAAGCGUAACAUCCAAGUAAACCCCCGACGUCAGUUUGUAGGUUUGCAUUGUUUUGGAAAUGUCUAAAUAUCAUUAGGGAGAGAGCAGUCUCUCCGCGGCCCCGAGCCAGAACAUGGCGGAACACUGGGGAAGAAAUAGCAGCUAACGCCAACUUGCAGCCUCGGUAACUGGGCACAAUAAGGCAACCGGGUCCAGGGUAAAUGCUCGCUUUCAGUUCGCUAUUGCGUAGAAAUGUUGUCUGUCCGUGGCUCGGGUCGUUCUGUUGUAUAUGUUCCCUAGAGCUUAAAAUGUGGGGGUGAAAGCGUUAGCGCACUUGCUACAAAACGCGCAUCGCUAACGUCGCCCUGAGCGUACACCGUGUCCCGAGCAGCACCGCUGUGUUUUGGUUAGACAACUCAUUUACGCAGACGCUUUGGCGGAACAUCAACCACACUCGUGUUAUGUAUACAUAUUGCAUCUAUAAACACGCGUUUUCAGAUGCCAUCUGCAGUGUGAAGCAGUCGUUCUGUUGAUUGCCACAAUGAUUUUAAAACCGCACUUGGCGACGUGUCCAAUCACACCGUAAAGUUAAACAUUUAGGCUGAAGUUUCCGAUCCAAGUUUAACAUCUAACCGCAUACAAGACAAAGCAAAGAGCGUGUGGACCAAAGGUUCGGCGCUGUGGGCCAAAAGGCACGGGCGGCAUAAGUUGAGGGGGUCCAGGAGGGGACAGGGACCGCUGUCACCGGUCAGGAUGACGGACACGCGGCGGAGGGUCAAAGUGUACACCCUGAACGAGGACCGGCAGUGGGACGACCGUGGCACCGGGCACGUCUCAUCGGGCUACGUGGAGCGGCUGAGGGGCACGUCUCUGCUGGUGCGAGCGGAGAGUGAUGGUUCUCUGCUGCUGGAGUCCAAAAUCAACCCAAACACGGCCUACCAGAAACAGCAGGACACGUUGAUAGUGUGGUGCGAGGCGGAAAACUACGACCUGGCGCUGAGCUUCCAGGAGAAGGCCGGCUGUGACGAAAUCUGGGAGAAAAUCUGCCAGGUGCAGGGGAAGGACCCAUCAGUGGAGAUCACUCAGGAUGUGGUGGAAGAGUCUGAGGACGAGCGCUUCGAUGACAUGUCGUCUCCGGGGCUGGAGCUUCCCCCGUGUGAACUGAGCCGUCUGGAGGAUCUGGCCGAGCUGGUGGCCUCCUCACUGCCGUCUCCCCUAAGGAGGGAGAAGCUGGCCCUGGCCGUGGAGAACGACAACUACAUCCGCAAACUGCUGGAGCUGUUCCGUGUGUGCGAGGACCUGGAGAACAGGGAGGGCCUGCACCACCUUUAUGAGAUCAUUAAAGGCAUCUUCUUGUUGAACCGCACGGCUCUCUUCGAGGUCAUGUUCUCGGACGAGUGCAUCAUGGACGUGAUUGGCUGCCUGGAGUUUGACCCCGCCCUGCCGCAGCCACGCCCCCACCGGGAGUUUCUCACCAAGACGGCGCGCUUCAAGGAGGUCAUCCCCAUCUCGGACCCAGAGCUAAGGCAGAAGAUCCACCAGACGUACCGCGUGCAGUACAUCCAGGACAUGGUGCUGCCCACGCCCUCUGUGUUUGAGGAGAACAUGCUGUCCACGCUGCACUCCUUCAUCUUCUUCAACAAGGUGGAGAUAGUGGGCAUGCUCCAGGACGAUGAGAAGUUUUUGACAGACCUUUUUGCACAGCUGACUGAUGAAGCCACAGAUGAUGACAAAAGACAUGAACUGGUGAACUUCCUGAAAGAGUUCUGCGCAUUCUCCCAAACGUUACAACCUCAAAAUCGAGACGCCUUCUUCAAGACGUUGUCCAACAUGGGAAUCCUGCCUGCACUAGAGGUCAUCCUGGGGAUGGAUGACGUCCAGGUGCGUGGAGCAGCUACAGACAUCUUCUCGUACCUGGUGGAGUACAACCCGUCCAUGGUGCGGGAGUUUGUGAUGCAGGAGUCUCAGCAGAAUGAUGACGACAUCCUGCUCAUUAACCUGAUCAUUGAGCACAUGAUCUGUGACACAGACCCAGAGCUAGGGGGCGCCGUGCAGCUCAUGGGGCUGUUGAGGACGUUGGUGGACCCAGAGAACAUGCUGGCUACGGCCAAUAAAACGGAGAAGACUGAGUUUCUGAGUUUCUUCUAUAAGCACUGUAUGCAUGUUCUGUCUGCGCCACUUUUAGCCAACACCACAGAGGACAAGCCCAGUAAAGAUGACUUCCAAACAUCUCAGCUGCUGGCCCUGAUCCUGGAGCUGCUGACCUUCUGCGUGGAGCACCACACGUACCACAUCAAGAACUACAUCAUCAACAAAGACAUCCUGCGGAGGGUGCUGGUGCUCACCGCCUCCCAGCAUGCCUUUCUCGCACUUUGUGCGCUGCGCUUCAUGCGGAGAAUCAUCGGUCUCAAAGACGAGUUUUACAAUCGCUACAUCAUGAGGAACUUCCUGUUUGAGCCGGUGGUCAAGGCCUUUUUGAACAAUGGCUCUCGCUACAACCUCAUGAACUCAGCCAUCAUCGAGAUGUUUGAAUACGUGCGCGGGGAGGACAUCAAGUCUCUGACGGCUCACAUCGUGGAAAACUACUGGAAGGCACUUGAAGAUGUCUCCUACGUUCAGACGUUUAAGGGACUCAAGCUACGAUACGAGCAGCAGCGAGAGCGCCAGGACAACCCCAAACUGGACAGUAUGCGCUCCAUCUUGAGGAAUCACCGGUUCAGACGGGACGCGCGGACGCUGGAGGAUGAAGAGGAGAUGUGGUUCAACACGGACGAAGACGACCUGGAGGAGGCCGAGGCCGUGGUGCCCCCUUCAGACAAGAUGAAGCCCGAGCAGGACCUCAUGGAGCCCAUCAGCAAGUUCAUGGAGAGGAAGAAAGUAAAAGACUGUGAGGACAAGGAGGUGCUGGGGAAGUCUGCACUGUCCGGGAGACCCAACCCCAGCUUCAAACUGUCCUUCUCCGGCUCCACCAAGUCCAGUCUGUCCAGCCCCCCCUCGGCCUCGCUCAACCCGGGCUCUCCAGGCUCGCCGGGGUCUCCAGGCUCAGGGCCUCGCGGUUCCCCUCCAGCCGCCGUCACUACUAAGGGUUUGGUGGGUCUGGUGGACUAUCCAGAUGAUGAUGACGAGGAGGACGAGGAGGAUGAAGAUGGCGACAGUAAAGAAGAUGCUCUGCCUCCAUCGAAAAAGUCCAAAGUGAGCUCCUAAAGCCACUGCUCUGUGCCCCACGCCGGGCUCCAGAGACCAGGGCACCCCGAUGAAUGAAGCCACCGCAGCGCCCAGAGCCGGCUCUUCUGAGGAGCCCACCUGCAAAGUGCCAAUCAGGAGACAGACCACCACGGACACACCCCCGGGAAACUAAGCCACUCCCACACUCCCACGCUUUGAGCCCCUCCCACACAGGAGAGGACUAGGCUCUGAGCCUCCCUCUGGUUCUACAAGUACUUUUGAUUUUUCCCAUAGUCCAGAAACAAAGUGAACAUCUCGAUGGUCGAAAUACCACUACAGGACGAGGUGAAUUGCUUAUGGGGAAAAUGAAUGUAAAUGUACCUUGAGCAACCAGACGUGUGGCUCAAAGCAGAGGAGUCGAGGCGUCUGCGUCAGCAGUUUAAGACAAAGACUCCCCCAUGGAGAGCAAUGGGGCUGGACCAAUGCCCCACUGCCCCAGCCCCCACUCAGGGAAGGACUACACAGCGACCCCUACUGGUCAGCCAACCACACCACCACUCGCACCCUUCCUCUCCUUUCUCUCUCCACUCUCUUUGAGUCUGCUUCUGUCCCUCUUUUAAUUUGUUUUAUAGGACCAGGCGGGACAAUGUCUGUUUGAUGAUGUCAUCAGUGUCGUUUCUCAGCGGACAUUUCUUUCUCUGAAGAGAAAAACAAGCCAGCAGUUUGUUUUCAACUGUCCUUUACAUUGAGUUUGUCUGAAUCUCUCCUGUUUUGUAAAUGACUCAAAGACCUGCCUUUAAAUGUUCAGGACGUUUUCAGUCACACUUGAACAGGUUUUUAAAGACCUCCGUAGGCUGAGCUAGUUUUACCCUUUUUGCCCUUUGAAACUGCAAGUUUUUGGAAGAAUUUGUAAUCCCGUCUUGAUUAAAGAUUGAGUGGAAUUCUCGAUGUGAUGGAUUUUGUCAUAUCUUCAUUUUUUCCUUUUACAUAAGAGUGUACUUAGUUGUGAAUACUUGGGACCAUUAAAAUGAUGCUGUAAGAUAUUCUACUUC